UUCAUCUGUAACGAGAAUCGGACUUAGGGAGAUGUUGUGGUCUAUGUUGCUUUUGGUCUCAUAUUGAUGUUCAAGUUAAGAGAAGCAUAAUAUGAAAAUGACGGUCAGUGGCGCACAAAAUUGGUUAUUUUUUUUUUCUUUUCUCAAAAGCAUUUCUCGGUCGCGUCUUAAGGCGGGGUUUAACGUAUAAAAGACGUGAGAGUUGCGGCACACCCAACAUUUCUUCGCAUUUCACUGUCAAGUUCACGCCGGAAGAGCGUAUUUAUAGUUUUUUUUUUAAUUAUUAUUUAUUUAUUUAUUUAUUUAAUUAUUUAAUAAUUUAUUUAUUCAGUGAAUCUGUGAUAAUUUGUAAUUAAUUUUCAAUAAUUGUUCUUUCUUUUUUUUUGUUUUUUUUUUUAAAUUGUUUUUGUUUAAUACAAUUACUUCCAAUUUGGAUUACCACAUCAAUUUCAGUUAAACAAAAAAAAAAGCCUUCAAAGGGAUUAAAUUUGAAAAAAAAAGAAAAUGAAGCUAGCUGUAGGGAUAUGCCUUUGCUGGCUAGUGACCCUAAUGAUGCUACACGGUGGUCAGGCAUCUCCUUUGCCCAAAGAUCCUGCAACUCAGCCACGACAAUCCCCUCCAGCAGCCCCAGUUGCUGCCGAUGAUGAUGAUGACGAUGACGAUGAGGAUGAUCUCGAAGAUGCCCUCGAUGAUGACGAUGAUGAUGACGAUGAUGAUGAUUCUCCGGCCGGUAGCAGUGAUGACGAUGACGAUGAUGAAGACGAUGAGGAUUACUUUGAGAGGUUCUUCGAUGAUAUCUUGGGAGAAGACGAUGAUGAUGACGAUGAGGAUGUAAGUCCAUCGACAGGUGUUCAGACACCUUCAGUGGCUGCUCCAGCAGCCCCAGAAGCCUCUCCGGCCCUCGACUACACCAAUGAAGUCGAUGGGGCUCCCGUUCUGUACGAUGAAGAUGAUGCAGCUGGUCCAGAGGGCGUUGAUGUCGUGGCUCCGGCCCUGGAAACCGAAGGCGGAGUCAAGGAUCCGGCUGAAACAGCUGCAGGAGCAGCACCUGCGGCUGCCAUCGAAGAAGACGAUGACGAUGAUGAUGACGAAGAGGAAGAUCUUGAGGAUGCCCUCGAUGAUGACGAUGACGAUGACGAUGACGAUGAUGAUGACGAUGAUGAAGAUAUCAUUAUUGAGGCCAGAGGUAAAUCACAUGGAUCUGUAGGUCGUGCCGCUGAUACACCAUCUGGUGAUGAACUUAAUCAUCUGGUUGAUGGUGUCUUUCGGCGUUUUAAUAGUUUACUGAAGAGAAAUUACGAUCCUGUGACAGUUCGCCUGUCAACACUGACAGAACUGGCUGAGAGGCGUCGUGGGACGGUUAAAGGUGCCGGAAAGGUACCCCAGAAGUCCAAUAAGAAGAAACGAAAGGGCACCAAGAAGGGUAAAUCGACAACUCCACGUGUUAAGGCAACUCUCCAUGGAUUGGCAUCACUGACACGUACCGGUGAUGCUCGUGCCACCUUACGCACAGCAGAUGGCGCUGUCAAUGCUACAAUGGUCAAGGCUAAAUUCUUCCUCGGACCCCUGAGACUCCGCGUGGAAAAGACCUUCGGCCGGGGUGCCAAGAGGGAACUGCGUAGUGCAACGGCUACAACGGCCCAAAUGACUGGUCAGAUAAAUCUUCGUGUGGCCAAUGAGACGGCUGCACUGCAUUCAAUUCGGGUCCAACAGCCACGUCAGGUGACAGUUGAGGGUGCAGCUGGGGCUGGUCCAAAGGGUGCCCUACGACGCGGUGACAGUAACAUUGCCCAUUUGGCAUCAGCAAAACUCCGAUCAGCUGCCCGGACUCUUCUCCUGAAUCUGCCCCUGGGCACCAUCAAACUCAACUGAAACACAUCAAUAAAUAAACAAUUUCCAAUAAA